GCUGCUCCGACUUCAAGCCAUUACGUCCCCCGCGUCGUCUCUGUCUUAGCCCAGGUGUUACUCAUUGGCUCUCUCACUCUCUUUUGGGUGCAGCUUUUGGUGAGAUGCUGGACAAACGCGGCAAGCAGGCCCACCUCGGUUGACACAAGCAGCGCCAGGGCCGGCCCAUCAGCGUCGACACCCCCCGCAGGAUAAAGACGAGUGCAGCAACCGCAUCUACUGCUGUAUGCUGCCGUAUGCAUACAGCAGCAUAUAUGAACGCGCAGCAGCCGGCGCCCCGGCCCUCGUAUGCGGGACCGCAUCUACAGAACGGGCACCGCGGAUACCAGUCCCAAGGCGGCUACGACUCAGCGCAGCACGGGAACGCGCCGCUGUAUGGAGGAGCCGCCGCGCCAUAGCACGUUUACGCGGCGCCCCGAGGGUUUGCAUCGCGAAAAUGAUAGAAACAGAGAAGGUAAGGAGACAAGAGGCGAGGGCGAUGGAGGCGAAGAAAGGACCGAGCGGGGGAGGCGAGCAGGGAAGCCAGAAGACCGCAGAGAAGAAGCGGAAGGCGAACGAUAGAGUGCGCAAAAUCUCCAAUAGGGAAAAGCACAAGCCGAGAGUCGGGUCGUGGAACGUGUACGGGUUCGAGCGCAAGCGGUUGGAAAUAGUGGACCAAGUAGAACAAAGCGAUCUAGAUGUAGUGGGGAUCCAAGAGUCGUGGGAAUUGAAGGAUGGGGACGUGAUGAAAGUGUUCCGGUGGAAAGUAGAUGGUUUGGGAGACGAAGGGACACGGGAUGAAUUCCAGAAGGGACUGGCUGGUAGUGUAGAACCCUUCAGGAAACUGCUGAGAAGCGUCGAAGACGGACAGGAUCCUACGGCGGGAGCGUUGGAUGCGGAUGCCGGCAGCUUUCUGCGGCUAUCGUUAACUCUCUUCGAAGGACGUCAAAAAUCACCAAAGUCAUCUGCUGAGGCAUCGGACGCAUCGCGUGGGAGGGAGGUUGAUGGGCACCUCGACUCCGUGCAGGUUGUUCGAGUCCCGCAGACGGGCAGCCGUCACCUGAGCACAGUCGCGAGGAGGCUGGUAGGGUGCCCCGUGAAGUCUUCUUUUGUCAUCAGCGGCGGUCCCAAGUGUCGAUUCCCCGGGGACAUCCCGCUGGGUUGCCCGGACGACAGCCUGCUGUGCCCCAAGGUUAUCGGGUUCAUGGACAACGCCGUAGACAGAGAAGUCCUCGCUGACGCGACUGUGGUUUCUCUCUCUCAACUGCGGUCGCCCUUGGAGCGGAUCAUGUCGGCGUAUUUCGUCGGUGGCAAGCCGCACUCUCCCCCCUGCGCUCGCCGAAGUGGACAGACACGGCGGGAGGUGCAGGAGUGCUUCGCGGGGAUGGUUGACAGCCAGGGAUUUCGCAACGUUGCCGGCCGAACGUACACGGGCCACGACGCCUACGACUCCGGCGUUUCGGUUUGCUACAGCCCGAGAAACAGCAGUAGUAGCAGAGACGGAGACGGGAAGCACCACGGGUUGGAGGGUUACAGAGGGGGGGCGGAAAGCGGCGGCGCCGAGCCGAACGGACUUGUCGACGGCAGCGGUAGCGAAGACGAUGAGGACGGCGGGGACGCGGCUGGGGGUGACGUCGGGAACGAUUGCCAGGAGACGCUGGGGGCCGCGCUGGCAGGGCUCUGCCUCUUCAACCACAUCACCUUGGCGUUCUUUCACAACAUGUUCAUCAUCAAGGUCAACGAGUCCUCAUGUCGCGUACGUCUCAUGUCCCUCUCUAGCCCGUGCCUGAUGUUGCGUUUUUUUCAUCGUACUACAACACGGAACACAGGGAAGCUCCUGCAACGUCGACCCUGUUGUUGCUGGAAACGCUGCCGUGGAUUCGACCUGACCAGAGCUUUUUCGAGGGCCUUCCGCCGCCAGCUAAGCGCUUUGAAGACGCCGGGACCGAACACCUCCAGAAAGGGAGGCUUGAUCUGUUGCGACACGACGAUGAUGGACCGGGGAGAGUGCAGUGCAUCACCCAGGAUCUUCGGGACACUGCUUCGGCCGCCAAUCAGGCAAGACCACACGCGCGCGGCGUUCUAA